AUGGCCGACCUCGUGACGCAACGCAAGGAGAUGUACGAGGCAGAGAAAGUGGGCCCCGGACGCCCUUUGAAGCUGGAUGAAGGUCAGGAAGUGACGGGCCAGUCGGCGCCCCUUAGCGAAGAGGGCAACCUGGCCUGCAUGACGACUAUUGACAUAUCACGCAUAGGAUACCACGAAGUGGUCCUGCUGCAGGAUCCGAACGAAAUGCAAGAGUACGUCGAGCGAGUGGCUUCAGAAAUGCAGCCUGGCUUGUCUUUGGUUCUGAAAGGAAGCUUCGCAGAUAAGUCUGCACUCGAGGACUUCCUCAUGCAGUGCUCCCACGGCGAGUUCCGAUAUCAGAAGGCUUUACAAGUGGCCCGAUGCGUCCGCCUGCCCAGCCUGCACAAACUUCUGGACGAGUUGCCAACACUUCCCUGGGUCGAGGUCCAGAGACCUCUGGAGCAGGUAUACGAGGCGUUGCUGGGCCAGCGCGAGGACGUCGAUGAAACUGCGACCGUUUUGCACCUGUGCCUCAGGUCCAUGAAGCAACUGAAGCCUGGCUCUCAGGCGUCAACCCUGCGAGGCCCUCCAGUCUGGACCUUCGAAACAUCUCGGCAGAGCUCGCCCGAGAUCUUCGUGACGGCCGGGGCUGCAGGAGCCUCCCAUCGCUUCCUCCCGCCCGAGCAACGGCCGCGACAGCGAACGGACACCGCCGACUCCGUACAGGCCAAGGGCCCACACCAGGCAGGUCUCGAGGGAGAGCACGAGGGCCAGGUCAGUGACGACGAGGCGCCCGCAUCGGAGGAGUCGACGGGAGAUGACCAGGAGACCGAAGCCUUGGCGCGGCAAGAGGGCCUGUCGGACAGGAGGAGCGAUGCAUCGUUCUCCAGCUCCUCGCUUAACGAGGAACCGCUCCGGGAAGCCGGCUUUGAGGAUGCCACGGUGGGCAUGAGCGAGCCUUUGACGGAGGAGGGAUAUCAAGCCGUGGCUUCCCUUCGGAGUGGCCCUGCCAUGGCAGCUUUCGUUCGCCGCGUGCUGAUGGAAGAGGGCGGUGAGGUCAUCAGCUCGGCAGGCCUCCUGGACUUUGCGCAAGGCUUCAGUGGAGAGCUAGGCCAGCCACAGAGCUUCGUGGCCCUGCAAGAGGCGUUGCUGCGAAGCCCAAAUUGGGCUCGAUUCCAGACGGUGAACCAGGGGAAGCUCUUCGUGGACCGCUGGUUUGAUGGAGCAUCCAAAGUCUUCUCCGUGAGGCACAACAUCGAACUCAACAAGUACCUUGCCAUCGUGGCCGAAUAUCCUGAGCACUUCCAGCAACAUGUGGAGACGCGCCGCGACAACUUCUAA